CUCGAUCCUUUAUUAACCCAUUCUCUUGCAAAACCAAAAAACCAACCAUUCAUAAUUUUCAUUUCAAAAACUUCACAAAGAUUCACCAAAAUCAAUGGCUUCAAACUUGAAUUCACUUUCUCGAUUCUUCAUCUUGAUUUGUGUUACCCUUAUGAUGGUGAUGUUGAGUUCAUCACCGACAGUAGUGGAUGCAGGAGGAUUAGAACAACUUGGAAUGGAAUGGAUUCACCAAACUAAAACAAUCUGCGAAGGUUCAAUCGCUGAUUGCAUGUUACAACAAGGUGAAGAAGAGUUUGAGUUCGAUAACGAAAUCAAUCGGCGCAUUUUAGCAACAACUAAGUACAUCAGCUAUGGUGCGCUUCAGAGGAACACUGUCCCCUGUUCUCGUCGCGGUGCUUCUUACUACAAUUGCCGACCCGGUGCUCAGGCCAACCCUUACACUCGUGGAUGCAGUGCUAUUACGAGGUGCAGGAGUUAAAUUUUUAAUUGUUCUUAUUUUUUUAUUUUUUCUUUUUGGUAAAAAAUAUUAUUAAUUAUUGUGUUUGCUUGUGCAUUUUUAUACAUUAUGAUAAGAUUGGAUGUUAAUCCAUUUAUUUAUUGGUCACCGUUGUGAUUUGUGGCUCUUUUUAUCAAUAUACUGUGCUAUUACUUGUUAAUUAA